ACAAGUAUGUCGCGGUGCGCAUACUACGCGUUCGAAAUUUGAAUUUUAAAUAUAAUCGGUUUUAAGAAUAAGUGACAAAAUGGCGGGAGGUUGGUGUUUGUUUUUUUUAAUUUCAUCAGUUGUUGUGGCUUUAGAUGGACAGACCUUGGGUCCUGGACCCGCCCAUAACAAAGUGGUGGUAUGCUAUGUAGCAACAUGGGCUGUGUACAGAUCAGGCGACGGCAAGUUCGAGCUCAGUGACCUCGAUCCCUCAUUGUGUACACACCUUAUAUACUCCUUUGCUGGUCUGGAUGAGUCUUCUCACAGCAUUAAGAGUCUUGACCCCUGGCAAGACCUGGAGAAAGACUAUGGGAGGGCUGGAUACAAGAGGAUUGUUGCUCUUAAGGAGACCUAUCCUCAUCUCAAGGUCACCGUAGCCAUCGGUGGGUGGAACGAAGGUUCAGAGAAAUACUCAAAUAUGGCAGCUGACCCAGAACUGAGAGCGAAAUUCAUUCAGAGCGUUCUUUACUUUUUGGACACAAAUAAAUUUGAUGGGCUGGAUUUGGAUUGGGAGUAUCCAGGCAAAAGAGGCGGCAAAGCUGAGGACAAAGCGAACUAUGUUUCUCUUGUUAAGGAAUUAAACGAAGCAUUUCAAUCGCGCGGAUACCUUCUUACGGCAGCGAUGGGAGUUGGCAAAGAUACAAUGGACGUCGCGUAUGACUUGGCCAAGCUGAGCCGCUAUCUGGACUUCAUCCACAUGAUGUGCUACGACUAUCAUGGCACCUGGGACGGCGUGGUCGGUGCCAACGCGCCACUAAGAGGCAUGAACGAAGCCGAUGUUUUGAGCGUGGAAUACACAACAAAAUAUAUGAUGGCUCACGGCGUCAGUCCAUACAAGAUGGUUUUGGGUCUGCCUAUGUACGGAAGAACGUUUGUACUGGAAAAUCCUGGAGUCAAGAGUAUUCUGUUUGGCGUGACCGCUGCGAAGAGUGUCGGCUUUCCUGGGCCAUUCACGAAAGAAAAUGGGUUUAUGGGCUAUAACGAGAUUUGCAGAGAGCUUACAAACAGCUCUUCUACCUGGAUCAGGCAUUGGCAUGAACAGACGUCGACCCCCUACCUCCGGGAUGGCUCCAGAGUAAUCUCCUACGACAAUGAGAGAUCUAUUGCACUGAAAGUAAAAAUGGCCAUUGACUACGGGCUUGGAGGACUUAUGGUGUGGAGUAUAGACACAGAUAACUUCAAAGGUCGGUGUGAGGACGAGACAGACACAUUCAUUGACUUUGAAGAUCGCUAUCGGAAGAUUGUUGACGAACCAAUCUUAGCGAGGGUGCUGAAAACUUUACAUUUGCCAGACGCUAACCACGUUGAACACCAUGGAAGAAGAGCAGCUUACACAGUAUCAGAUAAUCGUCUUGAGCUUCGUGUCCCUGACAACAAAUACCCUAACUAUAACCUCAUGAGAACCAUCAACGAAGCAACACUUCUCGCUCUAGAAGAGAAGAGAAUCAUGGAUGAAAUUGACCUGCUUAGUAAGCAGAACGAGAUAGAUGAUAGCCCUGACUCUGCCAUAGUUCUGUCUAGCAGUUUACUUUGUCUAUGGUUGUGUGUUCUUCCGUUAUACAUUUAAACACAUUCCUGAUGAAAUAAAGUUGACUAUCCGAAGUUAUUGUAAAAACAAAGCAAGGUAUCUUGCUGUGUAUAUAUAUGUUUUGUAAGUGACGAGUGAGCAAUGUUCAUUUAUUGCUCGGAAGUUUUUUUUUUUUAAUAUUUAGUUUUUAGCCUAGGAUCCAGUAUGAACUGGAUUUGCCAUGCGCGUAAGGUGUAAAAAAAGUCCUAUAACCCGCACAAAUUGCUGGUGCAAAUAAUUUGAACGAACUAUUGAUUUGGUUGUAUAGUAUAGAGAUUAUGGUAAUAAUGAGCAGCAUUUUUACACUUUUUAUUGUGUAUUAAUAUGAUAGUUUUUUACUCCAUCAAUUUGUUUAUUUAUUUAUUCUUUACUAAAACGGCGUGAACCAAUUACAAUAUUAAAGCAAUUUAUAAAAGAAGGUAUAUUUUAACAAAAAUUGUACUUAAGUAUGAAAGAUUGUGUAUGUUUUCUGACUGCCGCUCCGUACGCCAUUAGCAGCCUAAUAAAUAACAUAUCAAUUUAAACCCGCGUAUUGGUUGAAACAAACCAGAAAAUCUGAGAAAACUGUGGGUUUAUUCAGUGUGUGCAAUAUUGCUUUCGUUCUAUUUAUUCCUAAGAGUUUUUAUAUUUUGUGAUCUCGUUCAUGUAGGUACUUUAUUUUUUUUACUUUUAUUAUUUGCUUAGCAAAUCCAGAUUGAUACUUAAUCCUAAGUGUACAACAUUUACGAAGAGUUAUUUUUCAUAGUGUAUCCAAAGUUUUACAUAGGCUACAGAGAAAUAUAUGACUUGUAAAAUAAAUCAUAGGUGCUUUUUUCAAAUAUUCUUUAGUACCUAUCCCUUUAACCAAGUUCUUUAGCAAUGAUAAAUAAUAAUGAAUGCAUUACAAAUGGUUCAUGUUCAUACAACACAUUUUUAUUUUCUUGACACUUACUAAUUACCUUCUUAGGGGAUCCAGAUAAUUUUACUAUAUUAAAUUAUAUUAUAAGUAACACUGUUUUUUUUAUCUCCAAGUUCCAACAUUCAAUAGAAGUCUUCCUAUUUUUACUAGAAUUUUCAAACAAUAGAAUAUCACACUUUUCAUCUUACAUAUUUCUGAUGAUAUAUGAUUAGAAUUUUUUAAUAACUUUCUUUAACAUUUUUUUUUUAUUUAAUUCCUAUUGUAAAAAUAAAACUUUAAAUAUCA